AUGAAAAAAGAGUAUUACACCACACUUAGCAAAGUUUUGGCAACACAUGACCUGGUCAUCACAGAGGGCUUGCUGAUGAAAGGAAAGAGACUUGUGAUAGCUGGCAGUAUACAAGAAGACGUUCUAGAGAAGAUACAUCAGGGCAUCAAGGCAUCACUAAAUGCUUGGCAAGAGCACACAUCUACAGUCACCCAGAGCCCUGCUGACUACUGCUUUACCCUCCUGACCGUGACAGAGAGUGCAGCAGAUCUUUUACACUGUGCUGUUGACUACUGCUCACGCUACAUAGAAGUUACUUCUCUCACUUCAACAGCAACAACUCCUGUGAAAGAGAAACUUAACGCGGUGUUUGCUCGUCAUGGGGUCCCAGAGGUUUUAGUUACGGACAAUGUUCCGAGGCAUUUAAAGGAGACACUGAGAAAACUCCAGCAGAGAAUCCAGCAGAGACAGAAAGAUCUUGAGCAGCUGAGAGAGGCUGUGGAGUCUCAUAAGCGCUCUGCACAGACAGCAGUGGAGGACAGUGAGAGGAUCUUUACUGAGCUCAUCCGCUCCAUUGAGAGAAGCCGCUCUGAGGUGACACAGCGGAUCAGAGAUCAGGAAAAGACUGCAGUGAGUCGAGCUGAAGGACAAAUGGAGCGACUGGAGCAGGAGAUUGAAGAUCUGAAGAAGAGAAACUCUGAGCUGGAGAAGCUUUCACACACAGACGAUCACAUACAUUUCCUCCAGAGUCUUCAGUCUCUCUCAGCUCCUCCUGAAGCUACAGAAAACAUCUCUGUCAGUUUCCUCUAUUCUUUUGAUGGUGUGAGAGAAUCUGUCUGUCAGCUGAGACACAAACUGGAGGAUUUCUGCAAAGAGGAGAUGAAAAAGAUAUCUGUCACUCACAGUAACAUUGUUCCCAGGACCAGAGAGGACUUCCUACAAUGUAAGCCACUAACAAACACAAUGACACACACUUUUAGUUCUGUUUGA